ACAAAGUUGAGGAAUGCUCAUUAAACACUUAUUUGGAACAUCUCAUAGGUGAACGGGCUAAUUGGGAACAGGUGGGUGCCAUGAUUAGGUAUUAAAGCAGCCUCCAUGAAAUGCUCAGUCAUUCACAAACAAGGAUGGGGCGAGAGUCACCACUUUGUGAACAAAUGCGUGGGAAAAUUGUCCGACAGUUUAAGAAAAACAUUUUUCAACAAGCUUUUGCAAGGAGUUUAGGGAUUUUACCAUCUACGGUCCGUAAUAUUAUCAGAAGAUUCAGAGAAUCUGGAGAAAUCACUGCAUGUAAGCGAUGAUAUUACGGACCUUUGAUCCCUCAGGGGAUACUGCAUCAGUGUGUAAAGGAUAUCACCACAUGGGCCCAGGAACACUUCAGAAAACCACUGUCAGUUGGUCGCUACAUCUGUAAGUGCAAGUUAAAACUCUACUACGCAAAGCGAAAGCCAUUUAUCAAGAUAGAUCGCUAGAUAGAUAGAUAGAUAGUACUUUAUUGAUUCCUUCAGGAGAGUUCCUUCAGGAAAAUUAAAAUUCCAGCAGCAGUGUACAGAGUUGAGAUCAAUUUAAAAAAGUAAAAAGUAAAUAAUGGGGGUUUAAAUGGAAACAAAAUAGAGAAAUAUUACAAUAAGAAUAAAAAAUAAAAAGCAACAAUGGGAAUACAAAUAUAACAGUAAAAUAAGACUAUAACAAGACAAAGUAGGCAGUAGUGACCAUGCCAUGAAAACGUAUUGCACUGUUAUUGUUUUGCAUCCCCUGUCAUCCAAGUACCCCCCGACAACAUCAACAACACCCGGAAACGCUACCGACUUUGCUGGGCCUGAGCUCAUCUAAAAUGGACUGAUGCAUAGUGGAAAAGUGUUCUGUGGUCUGACGAGUCCACAUUUCAAAUUGUUUUUGGAAACUGUGGAUGUCGUGAACAAAGAGGAAAAGAACCAUCCGGAUUGUUAUAGGCGCAAACUUCAAAAGUCAGCAUCUGUGAUGGUAUGUGGGCGUAUUCGUGCCCAAGACAUGGGUAACUUACACAUCUGUGAAGGCACCAUUAAUGCUGAACAUAUGUUGCCAUCCAAGCAACGUUAUCAUGGACGCCCCUGCUUAUUUCAGCAAGACAAUGCCAAGCCACGUGUUACAACGGCGUGGCUUCGUAGUAAAACUGCCUGUAGUUCAGACUUGUCUCCCAUGGAAAAUGUGUGGCACAUUGUGAAGGAUAAAAUUCCACAACGGAGACCCCAAACUAUUGAACAACUUAAACUUUACAUCAAGCAAGAAUGGGAAAUAAUUCCACCUGAAAAGCUUCCAAAAUUGGUUUCCACAGUUUCUAAACGUUUACUGAGUGUUGUUAAAAGGAAAGGCCAUGUAACACACAGGUAAAAAUGCCCCUGUGCCAACUUUUUGCAAUGUGUUGCUGCCGUUUAAUUCUAAGUUAAUGAUUGUUUGCAAUUAAGUUUCUCCGUUCGAACAUUGAGUAUUUUGUAUUUGUAGUCCAUACAAUUGAAUAUAAGUUAAAAAGGAUUUGCACACCAUUGUAUUAUGUUUUUAUUUACCAUUUACACAACAAGCCAACUUCACUUGGUUUUGGGUUUUGUACAUUUAAAAAAGUAGCUCAGGGGCAUGAUGAAUGUGGAGAAAAAUCGUGUAAUUGUUAAAUAUUCACUGAGCAAAAUGCAAUUUUUACAACUUCAAAACCCAAACAUAUUUUUAAAGACGCAAAGGUUUGUUUUAUUUCUAAGUUGGCGUAAAGCUGGGUCUGUCUGAACUUCUUUCCCAUGCCGCAGCCUUUCUUAAUCCAUUUACGACGGUUCUCGCUUCCAAUGUUCCACUUUUGACCGCCAACGGUCCUUUUUAAGCCGGUCCUCAGUGAGACGGCGCAGACGGAUUCCGCACAGCCGAGAUCAUAUCAACCUGUUCCCACCAUGGACCUGAAAUUCCUGUUUACAGCCUCACUUGUUGUUCUAGGAGCAGCCCUCGCGAUCUCGCCGGCAGACGCCACUGCACAGUGCAAAAUUAAGUGGUUGUUUGGCAUCCCGUGUCCCGAUGUCUACGGAGCCCUGGUGAACCAGAUCAAGGCCUGGCAGAUUGAACAAAGCUGCAUAAACGCCGGAGAGAAGUGCUCUUAUGAACUUGUGUCGACUUCUCCCUACCUGAUAAAAGCCACGCACACGUCGCCAAAAACGAAGAACGUCAACGACCUUCAGUUUCUUCUGGAGCAGUCGACUGUUUGCAAAGUGACUGGCGAUGGAACGUCACUGCCUUACAAAGAGCCAGCAGAUAACACCAACUUCUGCAGCCUCCAAAACCUGGUGGACGGAAGCGACUUGACUGAAGCUGAGGGCUACAAGCGCUUCACCAACAAGUGGAUCUGUGCCGGCUUUGAGGAUGCCAACUGCACUUUGUCAUAAGUGUGCAUAUUCGGGCUGUCAGACAAAUAAAAUACAAAUAUGUAAUCAUGAUUGAUCACAUUUUGUGCAUAGUUAACUCAAGUUAAUCACUUUAGUAUAUUUAAUAUGUGUACCUUAGGCAGAUCAUUUUUAAGUAUCUUGCAAAUGUUUGUUUAUUAUAUGUGAUGCUUCUUUCAACAACUCAACACAAAAUGGACAAAAACACUCUUUUCUCGACAAUAAAAACAUUUAAAUAGC